AUGCCUGUCGAGAGGAUGAGGAUGAGGCCGUGGCUGGAGAACAUGAUCAAGUCCAACACCGUCUCAGGGCUGAACUGGGUUGACAAGGACCAGAAGAUGUUCUGCAUUCCCUGGAAGCACGCGGCUCUGCACGGCUGGGAGAUGGACAAGGACGCCUCUCUGUUCAAAAUGUGGGCCAUCCACACCGGGAAGUACACUCAUGGCCAGGACCCCGACCCAAAGACGUGGAAAGCCAACUUCCGCAACGCCAUGAACUCGCUGCCUGACAUUGAGAAGGUGAAAGACAAGAGCAUCCACAAGGGCCAACAAGCCGUGCGCGUCUUCAGAAUGCUGCCUGUCACCCCGAAGUCUGGAGAUAAACACAGAAAAGCAAAGGACAAAAAGCAGAAGAGGAAGGUGGUCAAGACAGAGGACGACACAGACUACAGCGAUACUCUGUCACCCAUUGAUGUGUCAAUGAUGGAGGAGUCCACCCAGGAGAACACGGUCGACAGUACAGUGAAGACAGAGCAGCAAGUUUGUGGAUCGGACCAUUUGGUCCCCGACUGGGCUCUCUCACUCGAGGUCGAGACAGAUAACUAUUCAAGCAACUUUUGCCAGAGAUUUCAAGUUUCACCCGACCACAGCCCCGAUUACAACUAUUCCCAGGACAUUAUUGAGAUUUGCAAGCAACUGGAGAGAGACUCACACUUUUUGCCGAGCAGUUUCGACGUCAUGAGGUUCCUGAACAAUGAAGUAUGCAAUUAGCUUGCAACCAACGAACCAACUAUCUAACCAACCUAACGUCCAACCAGCCAAAUGCCAACCAACAAACAAACCAU